AUGGCUGCGUACACUCGCGUCGAGCAGAAGGACGACCUCGCAGAGCUCGGCGAGCUCGGCGGCCCUCCACGGCGCGGCCCCCUCCAGCCUCAACCUCUCGCUCUCGCCGUCGGGCCCGCGCAGUCCGCCGUCCGCUCCCUCAACUGGUCGUACGCCGGCUGGGUCGUCGCCCUAUUCCUCUUGGCUCACUCGGCCUGGACGAGCAAGUCGGCAACGACCAGCGCCGAGGAUGACUGCUUCGACCCUUUUCGUUCGCUCGGAUACGUUCACCGCCCGGCCAACCUCUCGCUCCGCCAUUUCGCCUAUCCUCCCUCGGCCUCGCUUGACGACCUCACUACGCCAACACCGAUAGACGCCUCGAUGGAUCCUCCCGAUGGCGCCCUGAGCCUGGCGGCGCCGGCGUACGGCGACAUGCUGAACGAGAAGGUCAAGCCGCACGACCUCGCAUUCGCUCGCGACAAAAGCAUCUGGUUCAUCGGCGACUCGCACGACCGCAUGAACCUCGAGAUGUUCUGCCAGCAGCACGAGGCGGGAGGAGCCGUCCUCGACGUCCCGCACUGGCAUAUCAAGGCCAACUGCCGCUUUCCUGACCUCAACCUCACCUUCGCGUCGUUCUUCCACUACGGCCUGUCGCCCGAGUCCGAGUCGAGCGAGCCCGAUCCCUGGAACAUCCCACAGAUCGAGACGUCGCACGAGAACGAGAACCCGGGCCCGUACUCGGUCGAGGGGCGCCUCAAGGAGUACUGGCUGCCGGCGGUCGCCGAGGUCGGCCGCCCGAGCCUGAUCGUCCUCAACUCGUUCUUCUGGGACCUGCGCUACUUCGCCCACCACGCCCGUCACUUUGACCGCGGCACCCUCCUCCGCCAAGACGAACGCCCGCUCACCUACUCCGAGCUCGCGUGGCACCGCUCUCGCGCCCGGGCCUUCAUCGACGCCGUACGCGCCGCGUUCCCCGGCACGCCCGUCAUGUUUCGCCUCGGGCAGGAGCACCAGACGAACCGCAACGAGGGCAACGUCGCCGUCUACCAGCUCAACCAGAGCCUGCGGGCAGUCCUCGCCAAGAUGAACGUGCCCGUGUUCGAGUGGGCGUCGCUCCUGACGGGUGAGCGGCGGUACGCCGACGAUCAACACUUCGCCGCCGGUGCGCCCGCCCGUUUGUACUCCGAUAUGGCAUUGUACUACCUGCGGCGCGCCGUCAAGGGCUGGGACCGCUGCGAGCCGUGGCCGAGCAUGGCGCGACCGCCCGCUCGAGCUCGAUGA